GACAUUUACCAAAAACAUUGCCACCUACAUUUAAGCAUGGAAAUUACAAUGAGAACUAAAUUAAUAUAACCAUAAAAAAAAAUGUUGGCACCCAAGAGUGGGUCACUAGUAAGCAUGGAAAUAAUAACGAGAACUAAAUCAAUAUAACCAUAAAAAAUCAUUUUAAAAAUAUUGUUGAAAUUUCUUAUGUUACCCUUAAAAUUCGGUUGAUGACCUGAUCCUAGCCGGGGCAUGUACGAGACCAAGUCGUUGGUUGGACACGCAAUUCCAGAUCGCUAAAAGUCACCUUCAUCAGUAUGCUUCCACCAUCAAAGUACUAUUCUGUUGAAAUUCCAUUUUUCUCUCUUUUUCAUGAUACGAACGAAUUAAUGCAGUUGAGACUACUUAAUUGAAAGAUCAGAUUUUGUUGCCCUAGUUAGAUAGCUAGCUGUAGGUAUUGACACCAUCGUCGUCUUCGUCGUCAUCAUCAUCAUCAUCGAUUCAAGAGAAGAGAUCAAUCGUAUUCGUAUAUUGGUGGAUUAGAUUUAGGAGAGUUACACAAUAAAAAGAGCAAAACAACAAUAACAAAAAAAAAAUGGCCGAAGAAAUAGAGAUGUCGAAGAUGGAAGAAGGGCAAAGUAAAAGCGUGGCAUCCAAUCUCUGGUCAUCGGCCGAAACAGUGAAGCUCCUACAGAAGUUGUUUGCGGAGGUGGUGGGGACGUAUUUUGUGAUAUUCGCCGGAUGCGGGGCGGUGGCGGUGGACAAGAUGUACGGCUCCGUUUCGUUCCCAGGGGUCUCAGUGGUGUGGGGCUUAAUUGUGAUGGUCAUGAUCUACUCCGUAGGUCACAUCUCCGGCGCCCAUUUCAACCCUGCCGUUACCGUCACCUUCGCGAUCUUCCGACAGUUCCCCUUCAAACAGGUGCCACUUUAUAUUUUAUCACAGGUAUUAGGGUCGAUAUUGGCAAGUGGAACAUUGUAUCUGCUUUUUGACGUUCCAGAAGAGGCUUACUUUGGUACAGUACCGGUUGGACCCAACCUGCGUUCUUUUGUUCUUGAGAUCAUCAUCUCCUUUCUCCUCAUGUUCGUCAUUUCUGGAGUUGCAACUGACAAUAGAGCGGUUGGGGAACUAGCAGGAAUUGCUGUUGGAAUGACAAUUAUGCUAAACGUGUUUAUUGCCGGGCCAGUGUCGGGGGCGUCGAUGAAUCCGGCAAGGAGCCUAGGCCCAGCUAUUGUGAUGCGUAUAUAUAAAGGAAUAUGGGUCUAUAUUGUUGGGCCCUUUGCGGGCACGAUUCUGGGUGGGUUCGCCUAUAAUCUGAUUAGAUACACCAACAAACCUCUUAGUGAGUUAACUAAGAGUGCAACGCUUCUCAGGAGUGUUAGGGGUUAUCCCUGACCCUCACCACAUUGUUUUUGUAGUUAGCAAUCCAAAACUUGGCUAUACAUAAUUUCUUUUUGGGGUGUGAUUACUUAUUAUGUGCUAGUGAUUGUUAGUUGUAGCAAGGGAAAGUUUAUAUUUCUAACACAUUAAAUAGAGUUAUUCUUACAAAAUCUUUUUCCCUAACUAUAAACGAUAUUUUAGGAC